AUGACACUCCAAAGAUGCCUUUAUCAAGUUUCAAAACAGUUGAUAUCACAGCGAUUUAUUCUUCAAUCAAGUGUUAGGCAGGUUUUGUGCAAAAUCAGCUAUAAAUACAGUAGUAAUACUGAAAAAAAGUUCUCUGACCGACAUGAAUGGGUGCUUGUUGACAAAGAAAAUAUUGGAACAGUAGGAAUAAGUAAAUAUGCUCAAGAAUCUCUUGGAGAUGUUGUGUUUGCCCAGUUACCUGAUCCGGGAAUGCAAUUAAAUGCUGGUGAUGAGUGUGGUGCCCUAGAAAGUGUUAAAGCUGCUAGUGAAAUAUACUCUCCAGUCAGUGGAACUGUUACAGAGAAGAAUAAGGAGGUUGAAAAGAAACCUGGGCUUAUAAAUAGUUCUUACUAUGAUAAAGGAUGGCUAUUUAAACUUAAACUUUCAAAACCAGAACAAUUAAAUAAUCUAAUGAAUGAGAAGCAAUAUGAAGAAUUUUUGCAGACUGAUGUUGAAAAAGAUCACACUUAA